AUGGCCCCGCUGCUGGCGCUGCCGCCGCUGGAGCCCGGGCAGGACCCAGGCCCGCUGAUAGUGUGCGGCUGCGCUCCGUUUGCCAAGAAGGAGGUCCAGAACGCUGGCCACGCCUUCUUCGAGGCGUACGAGCGCCAGGCUGGCGACGGCACCGAGGAUUCCGCCGACGGGGACGCCCAGUCGCCCCUCGCGGGUGACAGCCCGUCGGGGAAGAAGAAGCGGAAGGAGAAGAAGGAACGGGAGGACGCAUUGAAGCUGCCCGACUCGCUCAAGGGCGAGGACCUGUACGCCCUGCUGGAGCUGGACGCGGGCGCCUCGCAGGAUGACCUGAAGAAGGCCUACAGGAAGAUGUGCCUGGUGCACCACCCGGAGAGCCCCGCCUGGCGCGCGACCGCCGCGGGUGCGGCCGCUGCGGCCGCUGCGGGCGCGGAGGGCGGCGCCGGCGGGCACUUCCUCCUCUGCCCUGGGCCCGCGGGCGGCGAGAACUCGGUUGAUGCGCCGUAUAGCUGCCUUGAUGCGCCAGUGCCGGAGCGCAGCACGCCCGGCGAGUGCGGCCAGCACGAGUGGCGGUCGUGGAAGGACCAGCCCGCGUGGCUGGCCACUCAGGUCCACGCCGAGCUCCGGGAGCUGCGGGGCGUGGCCCCCUGGGCGCUGGAGGAGGUGGCGGCCCGCUGGCGCGAGAGCCCGCCCGCCCUCGACGGCGCGCCGGUGGGCCUCGAGGCCGUGGCCGCCUUCAUGCAGCAGCUGCUCGGGGAGGACCCCUUCGGCGGCGGUCCCGAGAGGGUGCCCUGGAUGGACUUCGGCCUCGGCGCGGGAGGCUCCCCCGCGAAGGCCGCGGCGAUCACGCACCGGCAGCUGGCCUUCGUGGUCGCCAACGUGCUGAUGGGCAACGACGUCGAGGGGGGCAACGCCCUCUCGGAGGCGCUCGUCCGCUGCACGGCCGCCGCGGAGGCGCGCCGAGCGGCUGGCGCGCGCGGGGGCCUGGGCUAUCCCGGCCCGCAGGGGCACGGCUCGGUGCUGGUCGCGGCGGCGCCGCGGGAGGCGGACGGCAGCUGGCAGCGGCUGGUCCCCGGCGCGGUGCUGCGGGAGCCGGGCCUCUGCCUGCAGUCGGAGCCUUCGGCCUGCGUCGAUUUCAUGGCCGGCGGCAGCGCGGGGCAGGCCCUCACGGACAUUGCGGGCUACGCCGUUGGAGGCGGAGGAGGUCUAUGCGACGUGGCCAACAGCCAGGACGAAUCUCUGGUGAUCUUCUACAGCGAGGUGCUCGCGUUCUCGUUCUUCUCCAGCCAGAGUCAGAUGCUGAGGGUCCCCUGGACGCUGCUGGGCGCCCGCAGGUACAUGGGCAGCAUUACGGGCGAGUCCAGACGCGGAGAAGCGAGCUGUGGCUUCAUCAAGCGCGAGGAUUGGCUCAACAACGCCAUCUUGCGCCAGACAGUGCCGGUGGUGAUUGCUGACAGGGUCGAGCAGAUUGCGCCCAGCGCCUUUGUCACGGUGUUUUCUAAGAGUUCCGUCCAGGAUGCUGCCUGCAGCAUAGAAGACGCCCAGAACAACCAGUGCGAUGCGCAGCGCCGACACUUGGACGCUGACAUUUCAUUGUGGGUCCAGGCCUUCCACGCGCCCAUGUACCUGCCAGAGGUCCAGGAGGUCUUCGGCUCUGUCGUCAUGCGCGUGGGCACCGGUCCCUGGGGCGCCGGGCUGUGGUUCGGGGACAGCCAGCAGUACUUCCUUGCCGUGUGGCUCGCCACGGCCCUGUUGGGCGGGCCCGGGCUGGAGUACUACGUCUAUGACCACUUCUGCGAAAACCCGGGCAACCAGUGCUUCCUCCACGGACGGCUGUGCGGAGUGCAUCGAGCGUGGCGGCACCGCUGCCUACGGGGUGUCCGCCGCCAGCUGCGGCGGCGCCAGCGUGCACGACUUGGUGGCUCGCUUCCGCGGGAGGCCGGCCGAGGAUCUGUACCUGGCCCUCAAGAACGUUGGGCCGCCUCCCAAGCAGGUGUUCGACCACCUGGCGGCCGCCGCGGAGCUGCCCGCGCGGGGGGCGGAGGAGGAGAGAGCGAGGCGGACGCGGCGGUGCGGCCCUGA